AGAAAUACCAAUUCAGGACACUCCGGAUGAUUAUCGCGACCUUUAUGUUGAUUGUUGGAAUAAUGAGCCUCAAAAUAGACCCGUAAUUGAUGCGAUAGUGGAACGUUUAACACUUAUAAAUAAAAAUCAAACCUUGAAGAAUGACGAUAAACACACUAAUAAUGAGUCAUCAGAGUUAUCUGAAACUAUCCAAAAUGACAACCAUCUAGGUUCAAAAA